AUGUCUUGUUCUGUCGCCUCUUCUGAAUACCUUAACGAACUACUGAGCGACAAAACAACAGUAUCGAAAAUGCCCAAGAUUUUUCUUCACGCCGAACGGCUGCUGGAUCAAGGUACUGUGUGUUUGUUGCUGCGCGUUAACUCCAAAUUUAAUGUAAUAAUAACGGCAGUUUAUGUUAAAUAAUAAUCGGUAAAUGAACAUAAAUAAUCACCAGCAGAGAGAAAUAUAACUAUGCUAGGUAAUAUCUAAUUAUUUUCAGAGGUUGAGUUUGUUCUAACACGAGUUAAGCUUAAAAUCUGUCAGCAAAAAACCCGUAAUCGAACGACAGUGCGAGCUAACGUGGACGAACCUUCUAUUUGUUUGACCGACAUCCGGACACCAUGUCCUGUGUUUACGGUACAGCGAUUUUAUUUUAGUUUAGCAUCUGUGAGACACCAGGGAUUACAAGAAAUCAUCUUGAGGUUUGUUUUAUGUAUAUGACAUUUUGCUUAUACUCUGUUAUCUAUUUUUUUCUUUGCAUCGCAUAGAUCAUAGAAAAGACCAUUGCCCCGAUCAACGCUGUUGCCAGCGCGUUUUUUGUUAUAAAUGUGUUCCUCAUUGCUAUUCGUUUCCUUGUGAUUCAUAUGGUAUCAUUUAAAAGAUUCUUUGGGAAUAUAUAUAUGUAUCCUAGACUUCAAUGUUUAAAUGGGCUAUUUGGGUUAUUUCUGUUGUAAGCAUUAUGAGUGUUUUGUUGUGAUUUUCUGUUUCAUUGCCCCGCGUUCAAUUCCAUUGAACAAGAUUUCUUUUGACUCAGUGGGACAUUUGAAUAUUUUAUCCGCCUUGUGGAAAGCCGUUAUGCAACGCAGUUUUGAAAUACUUUUGUUGUCAUUGUUUAGUUCUGUAAUCACAAUAAAUCGUAGUGCAUUUAUUGAGCUUAAACUAAAUAAGAGGGCAGUGCAGUCCCGUGAGUUGGACCCCUUAGCUUCGUUCAACCUUAGCCUACGUGUGGAAAGUACUUGCUGUAAAUUUCACGGUUGUUACUUUUCGUCGCCGACUUCGUUUUGUUUUUGUUCUUGGAUGUAAACAAAAUAAAAACAUUUGACUUAAACCUGGAAAGUCUUUUGUUAACUGCGUUUCAGUGCUUGAAACGCUUGACGGUCCGUGAAAUUACAUGUUCUUGAUGAAGUAAAAUCGUCACGCUUGUAAUUCAAUCUCCUUUGAACUCAGUUUUUUGAAAAUCACGGUGAAAAAUUUGACCUGAUUGUGUCCGGAAUUAUUGAUCACGAGUGUCCCAACGGAGAAAUCAAACGACCGGGAAUUAUCAAGUCAUAAUUGAGUGCUUUGGGUCAAAGCUAACAUAUUCGUAAAUGAGGCCUUCCUUUCGUAUCCAAUUUGUACAACGAUUUGAUGACUUGUAAGGAAUUCACUUACAGGAAUGUGGGAUGAUUAUCGUUUUCUUGAUAAGAGCCAGAUGCUCUUAUUAACGUGUCGUUAUUUAGCCAAACAGAUCGGGUGACCGAUGAACCGAAAGUAUAAUUUAGAAAUCGGCUGUCUGACCACAGAUCCACAGGCAAAGAUAUUGAAUUUGUGGUGAGGCGUUUUAAUUUGUUGUGGCUUCCUCCUUGUGAUUAAGUGGACUUUGAAAUUGAGAAGAAAUUGAUCUGUGCUGGCUAGCACAGGAUAUUUGUGUCACAUUGCUCUCAGUCACAGAAAAAGGAUCUGACAUGUCUCAUAUCAAUCUGUCAAAACAAGUUCCAGGAAAACACAUGAGAUUUGACAACUUCUUUUCCUGCCCUUCUGCUUACUGCCAACAAAUAUCCAAGUGUUUAUUUAUUUUUAGCCCUCAACAGCUAAAUCAUUCGACCCGUCUCUGAAUUCUCAGGGUAAUUUGAUUUCUUUGUAACAAGUGAAGCCAAUAAUUUUGAAAUUCAAUUUUGUUUUGCUUCUCCAAAUAAAGUCCAUGUUUGAUGUAAACAGCAUCCUGGCUCAGUCUUAAUUCUCUUAGGUUUUGAUUCCUUCUGCCAGCUCCUGCCAUCUGCAGUAAGUAAAAAAGAACCCUCAUCUGAUGUGGUUGUAAACGUAAUUUAGUUCCUCUUCAAAACUUUUAACAGUGAAUUACGUUUCUCUUUGUGUCCAACUCCCAAGAAGCAACAAUUCACUCAACCAACAAUUUUUUAUUCCUUCUGAAAUAGUACAUAGUUACUGUAUUAAUUUUGAAAGGCUGUAUUUUAAGUUGUGGGACUGAAGAAUUUAACUGAAGUCCCUCAUUUGCAUAUAUAUUAAUCUGAGAAAAUGGAAUUAACAUGUACAUGUUGAACUUACUGUAGUGGUAAUAAUUUGGCUUUUAUGUAAGGUACAAGAAAGGCUGCUUGAUCAUUGAGUAGUAUAUAAUAUACAAAAUAUGUUAUAAGGAUUUUUAAAUUCAUUAAUUUUUUGGAACCCAUUUCCAAAGGAAUUUUUUCAAUUUGAUGUGAGUCAAUGCCAUUGUCUUUCAAAAUGCUUGCUAUAAGGUUUUGAAAUGAGAACCAAAAUACACUAUAAAUACAUCCUUGUAAUAAAUUAAGAAUUAUAGUAAAACUGCAUGGGUAUUGGGAAAAAUUUCAGUGAAUACAAUAUUUAUUAUUUAAAAAAUGUAUUUGUAUCCCUUUACAUCAUUCAAAUAUUUUUUGAGACCUAUAUCCUAAUCCUUCUGGUAGCACUAGUACCAGUUUAUUUUUACACCUUCCUCUGCAAAACCUGUCCUUAAAGGCUGCCUCCCACAGAAUUUCCAGUUACCAGGGUGACCUUGGACUCCAAAAGGAUUUAGGUUACGUUUUUCUUGAACAAAUCUAUUUUUAAUAGCAUAUGCAUCACGGAGAUAAAGGCAGCAAAUCAUCCUGCUGUGCAGAAACUAUUAAAAUAAAAUAUAUAUCUUGUAGUUCACUUUUGUCCUUGGUUGACAUUUGUAUUUUCCUCUGUUUUUGGGUACGGUAGUGUAUGAUAAUGAGUUUGAAACAAAGGAAAAUAAAGUUAAUGCCAAGAAUAAAAUUGAACCACAACAUACUUUUUCAAAUCUAAUACAGAAGUAUUUUUGUUUUUCUUAUAUGUUCUGUGUUAUUUGUUUGUCCAUGGAUAUAAAUUUUUUGGGAAUGGCUCACCAGUAUCCCAGCAACACUCCAUUCACAUCUGAUAUUCAGUCACAGGGAAAAGAGAAUGUAAUAUUAUUUUAUUUGCCCCUGGUAGCUGGAACCUGAUUUCAGGUUCAUUUUCAGUGUUGUGUCUUUUUUGUGGCUUAAGCUCAGAGGAAAUGUGGCUGAAUUGCUGAAACAGUAGCAUACAUUGUAUCAAAAUUUUGUUCGUGAAAAUAACUCAAGAUCUUCCUUUUGAAUAUUGGUGUCAGGGAGCUGGCUGUGUAUUCAUUGCCGUGAUGUUCUUAAAAAUAGUUCUUGCUUGACAAAAUCCUCUUUGGUAAAAAGAAAAAUAUUAAGCUACCCAAAAGUGACAGUCCGGCCCCUUAAUAAAAGAUGGAAAAUGUUGUUGAAGGUAAUCUUGUAAAAUCUCAAUAUUGAGAUAAUUAUACAACAAAAUGGAAUAAAGAAAAUAAUAUAGUAGAACUUUUUAUUCUCAAGGCUUUCUACUGUUGAGCAUAGCAUCAAUGUUACAAAAUUAGAUUAUGAAAGUGAACAUGAUAUAUUAAUAUUAGUUCUUUUGACAAUAAACAAAUGCUGAGAAGGCCAAUAAAUUAAUGGAUACCAUGUUGAUGAAAAUGCCUGUAGGCUUCUUAAACCCUGACAUCUGUAAAUCAAUUUUCAUCUUUACUAGAAAUCAACAGAGUCAGAAAUGAGCUGUUUCAUGGGGUUGUAAAGAAUGAACCAGACAGCGGCUUCACAGAACUUCAGCUUCCAAGUGCAUCGGGACCAAGAGUGAAAUUGGCAGAAAAAGUUUAUGCUCCUGUAAAAGAGUAUCCUAAGGUACUAUUGCAUAUUUACAGUAUGUACCAAUGUUAUAACCACACCAACAAUAGCAUACAAGUAAGAAUGAGUUAUUCCAGAAGACUCUACACACCCUUGACGGAAGGCACAGUUCUUUGACCCCCCCCUCCUUCCACCUUAAUUUUUCAAAAUUGCUUUAGCCCCCCCCCCGCCACCCCCCCACUUCCCACCGAUCUGGAUUUCCAUAAAAUUGUUAGACACCGUGAUUUUAAUUUGCACUCAAUGUAGAAGAAUUAUGUUAGGCACUUAGGCAAUCUUUUUAUUAAAUAAGUCUCUAUUUUCGGUGAAUUCUGUUUGUUGCAAAAGUUAAGAUUACAAAAACUUAUUGAUUGAAGCGAUCAAAACUUAUCUUUUGGUUCAGAGCCCCCCACCCAUCUGAAUUUCCAGCGCCAUAACCCCCCCACCCAUGAGAUUUUCCACCAUUCCUUCCGUCGUGGAGGUGUGGAUUUUUUCUGGAAUAACCCAAUGUUGCAUGCGGACUAAUUUGCACUAAGCCAAAGCUAAAAAUAGACACUGGAUUCCGUUUGCUUUGGUGUGGACUGUUUUUAGUCUUUUUUAGCUGUCUCUAAUUUGAUAAGGUAGUAAAAAAUUGUAGGUGGUGGCUCAAUAUGUGCCACUCAAUUGCUCUCUCUCUCUCUCUGGUGGAUGUCUUCAUAAUUAGAUCAGUUAAAUGAGGGGGACAAUAUCAAAGCUACAUGUACAGUAUUGUCACAGAAAGCAUUAACAACUUGCAGAAUGUGCAUCAAAAACAAUGUGCUAGCUGUAAUCUGCAUAGCACCAAUGAUUUUGAAUUAGACUGCAAAGGUUGACCCGGCAGGGACAGGCAAAGUUUUAACUUGACAGUUAUGGUUCAGUGACUUAAUGACUAUCAGCUAGAAUCUUCUUGCCAAGAUUCAGAGUGCGCAAAUGUCACUACAGUAUUACCAUAAGAUGAAAUUGAAAAGACCAGUUUAUUGAAUGGUGUAUUGAAUUGAAAAAUAUAAAUUCAAAGAGGACGGACGGCAAAUUUCAAAAGUAGGUUGAGUUUGACAGCAAGUUGUUGCUCAAAAAUUAAUAUCCAAAAGUCGUAACUAUUCAUCAGUAGGAUGCCUAAAAUGUGUGUAAUUCCUCAAUUGGUUUCAGCUCCAUGAAAUCCUAUACCAAUCGUAGAACAUUAAUUUUUAAGAGGAGCCACCCACAAUGUGAGCACAGUUACUGUCACUGCCGAGCUCGUAACACUAUUUUUGAGGUAUCUGAAUAAAUUAAACCAAUCUUCAUAUUUUUUGUAAGCUUGUUAGCAAACAUCUUUGUAUAAUCAGGAUCCAGUCAAAACCCAAAACCACCCAUGUACAGAAUUCUCUUCCUUUCCAUUCUCCUCUAAGUUAUUUACGAGUGGAGAAAGGAAUGCAAAAAAUACAAACCCUGUGAGUAUGGGUCUGUAAGAAAUUUACCAUCUACAUGUACAUGUACAUUAAUUUGUUUAAAUUUUGUUUCAGUUUAAUUUUGUUGGUAGAGUAAUUGGUCCCAGAGGCAUGACGCUAAGAGAAGUAGAAACGACGACAGGUUGUAAACUUUUAGUUCGUGGGAAAGGAUCAAUGAAGGACAAAAAAUUGGUUAGUCAAUUAUUUAAUCAUGACUGAAAGUAUUUAGUCAGUAUUUUAAUAUGACAACGGGUCAGUCCUUCUGUUUGGGUAAUACUUACCCGAAUUCUUGCUUGGUCACUGCAACAACGCAUGGCACUACUUUUUUAUUACUCAGGGUUCUCAAUAGAAGGCAGCACCCGGCGAUUGAUCGGCGCUUACUUUGGGAUUUAUAGCCGCUUACUUUGUGUUUAGGUCGCUUUUCUUUGCUUUGUUUUGACACCUCUGGCUUUGCUGAAGAGCCUCCUACUUUAUCAGUGAUCACCUCCUACUUAAAAAUCUAUUGAGAACCCUGUUACCGUGGGCCGGUAACAGUCCCUGCCCUGAGAGAUACAGUGUAGACCACCACAUUGAGAACUGUGUGGGUUCUUUAAAGUCCUGUACAGGAUUUACAUGUGCAAGGAUUGUGGGAUGGGGCCAAGGACUCUCCUUAUCCGAGAAGACUAGAAAGUCUAACCAUUUGUAGGCAGCACUUUCUCCUCAGUUACUUACAAUGCCCUGGUCCAGCGGGGUUUGAACCAGCGGCCUCGCGCUUGAAAGACUGGCACUUAUCCAAUUGAGCUACCCGGGUGGUGGUGCAAUAAGAAAACUAAAAUUAUGCGGCAUUUUCAGGGCAGAUACCACUGUGUCCAUAACAAUUUCCACAUGUCCUUUGUUUUGCAGGAAGAAGAAAAGAAAGGCCAACCAAACUAUGAACACUUAGAAGAAGAUCUACAUGUGUUGAUAUCAGUGGAUGAUACAGAAGAUAGAGCUAAGUUAAGGCUGUCAAAAGCUGUGGAGAAAGUUAAGGAUCUUCUUCAACCUGUGGUAAGAUGAUAAAUUUUCUUUUUCUCUCUUUGGUUUUAACUCCCUAUUGUACUGAAAAACACAGAACUCUGUGAGGGUACUAUGAAAGAGGUCCAUUGAAUUGUCACACCGGAGGAUAUCUUCUCCACUGGGCAUAUCCAUUCGCUGGCUCAUCUGGAGAGAAGUUAAGAGAGAAGUAAUGAAUACUCACUGUUGAUUAAAAUAAUACUGCGGGAAGUUGGCAGUCAUCGGGUGUAGUACUUUUCUUGUAUUUGUAAAAAUCAGUUCUGGCUUAAUUUGUGUUCACACCCAUACACCUACAUUUAUGUAAAGGUGUCAAAAUAAUAGCUACACUAGAGAACUUAGGGAUCUUCUUUUGGGGAAGGGGAUCUUACACAGAUGCCUUUACAUCCUUGUCUUCUUGACCAACAUCAAUUUUCUCCUAACAAUGUCCAUAUGUUGUCAAGAGAAAUGGUUACGAGAAUUAAUCAAAUGAUCUUCAAAAAGAAAAUGCUUUGAUCUUUUAUUAAACUCUCUCAACUUAUCUCGAAGGAAAUGUAUGAAUAUCAGUGUGGAGAAUUUGUAUGUGGAUAUUGGGGCUAUGGGCUAAAGUGCAAAUUGGAGUGACAAAUAUUAAUGUAGAAAGCAAAAAGAAAUGCAAUCCAGUAGGUACAACACAGUGUUGCCUAUUUUUAGAUUUGCAUUGUCCUUAAAGGGGCUGUGUCACGGCAGUCCAGUUCAUUUUGUUUAAUUUUGCCAAUUACGCAUCCUCAAUCACUAUGGAACUUAAAGUAAGCAAAGAAAUUACAUGUAAAUGACAAAAUCAGAGAUCCAAGACAAAAAAAUAUGUCUCUUGAGCAUUAUUUUUGAAGUUGCUAGCAGCAGGGAUCAACUUUGAAAAACUGUUAGGCUGAACAGUUUUCAAAAAUUGUAAUUUCAAUCCGUUUUCCCCAUCCGUGACAUCUGUUGUUUCUGUUACGUUAUUUUAACCUUCCUUUAAAGUUUUAAGCGGUUAUUUUUAUUUUUAUCUUAAUUUAACGGGCAUUUUGUAAUUUCCUGAUUUGGCUGAAUUUCGUGACAUGUGCAUCUCCUUUAAGUGUCCUAAAGGGCCAGAAAAAAAGUACAAUCUACUUCAUAUGUGGCUGUUUUUGUUAUCCUAGGAUGAAGGUGAAGAUGAAUUAAAAAAGAAACAACUGAAAGAUUUGGCUUUGAUGAAUGGAACUCUUAGAGAACAAGCAGGUUAGAGUUUGUAUUUGUUGAUUUCCCUAUGAUAAAAGGUACAAUGAACUAAGCAAACAUGGCAGACACGGAGCAGAUGCAUGUACAUGUAUGUGUCAGCUUGGAUGAGGGUAUGUAUCAGCGCUGACAGGCAUCUGCAUCAACUGAGAUGUGUCAAGCAGGACAAGGUUUCUCUUUCAUUAUUCACUAUAAUCACAGUUUUGCUUUCUGUGGUAUUGUGCACACUUCAAUUUGUUGUAUUUUUUUGGCAAGGCUGUGACUUAGCAACUGUGUCACAGUGAACAUCCAACAUUCCAGGAAGUUUUUCUUACUGUACUCUCUCUAGUUCAGUCGGGAAUAAGGUGGACGAAGAGCAAUCUUGCAGCUAUAAAAGGAUUAUUUUUUCUUUAUAUACAUGUGUAUUUACCAUAUUUAUUAGAUUAAGCACUAGUGGUGUGCUGAUCAUUGAUUAUAAUCGAUCAUUGAUCGAAAAUCUUAAAGCAAUGCGACAAUCAAUUAUAGAUGAUGACAAUCAAUUAUCGCGGACAAAUGAAAAGAAAUUAUUGAUGACAAAUAAAAACUUUACAAAAAUUGUGUGUUGUAUGCACAUUCUAAAGGACUUGUAACAGCAGCUGCCACUGAAUACCUCUUUCUCCUACAUUUCAUACAUUUUUAUUGUUUUCCAAAACUCGGCGAAACACGCUCGGGCCAGGCCAGGUUUUGCAUUUUGUUCACAUUUGAUAGUGCGUAUUUCAUACGGAAAAAACAGCUUGCAAAGAUCGAAGUGAAACUCAAGUUGGUUCCCAGGGUCCUCUCCUCAUCUCAUUUUCAUGUUGUCCACAACAAACAUGACGGCUUAGUUUUUUAUCAAUAGAUUUUUUGAUUAUAUUUGAUGAUCGAUCGGUUGGGUCAAUGCGAUUGUUUUCCGAUGAUCAAUGAUAACAUCUCAGCCGAUUCCCAUUACUAUUAAGCACCCACCUCAGACAAACACGAACCCUAAUAGGCAGGAAAAUUUUAAAAGCACCCAGCCUCAAUGUUGUAACUAACAGCUCAGAUGUUAUCUAACAGUGGUGUCUGUUAAGCAGGUGGGGACCCAGGACACAGUUUUGGAGCUGUUUCACAGAUGGACUUAACAAGAGGUUUAGUUUUGUCUGUGGUGCAGACUAUAGAUUUGGAAAGAUAAGGUUUUUGAGCAAGGUUUUAACGCUGCUGUGAGCUUUUUCCCUUGACAGCUUCAUCUUUUUUUUCUUUGCUUAGGUGGUGCUGCUGUUCUACAUAAUGGUCUCCUGGGAAUGCCUAUUACACCUGCAUUAGCUGGAUAUUCAUUCGCCCCCCGACCUGCAGGUAAGGCUCAUAAUUGCAGGGUUCACAUCUCAUGGUGUUAGUUCUUCAAAGUACUCUUAACCAUUUUACAUUGGGAGAUAAAACAGCUGUGAUGCAAAACAACUAUAAAACAUGUAUCACACCCUUUUGGUACAUUUCUUUGCUGUUACUGCAUGAAUACUACAUGUAUAUGAAACUUCGUUAUGCGACACUUUUAGGGGACUUAAAUACUCCAUGACAAAAUUUUUCUUUCUCUGUUUUGAACUUGGAUUCAGUCCCCACAAAUUCAUCUCCCGGUCAGUUGUCAAGUUGAAUGAGGAUGAUUGGGUCCCAAUAAAGUUCAAACCGACAAGAAUUAACUGUUAAGUUUAAAUUCGGGCGCACAAGAUUAUAGGAUUGCACUAGACCAAUGUCUGGGACUUGCAGAGGCAAGCAGUUUCUUUCAGUGAUACUUAGAUAGCCCGGUGACAGUGUGGAUGAUAUCAUGUAGAAAAAACUCAGUCAUCAUCCUUACCUAUGUCACAAUCAAUACUGUCUUUAUUAAUAUUUUAUAUGUUAUGUACUUGGUUUGGCUUUAUCUUUAAAACGUGAUGGAGGAAAACACAGUUUGAGAUUGGUGACCACUGAUUCUGGACCAGUUAUGUCGUACCCAUCUUGUGUUUGUUUCAAAAUAAAGUGAUGUUUCUGCUUAAGUUUUAAUGCUAAUAAUAUGCAAAGAUAUUCUAUUGACCAUUUUCACUAAGACCAUAAUGCACCUUCAGUGUGCAAAGAAAGUAGAGUCUGAUAGCCCGGGGCUACUGGAUUUUGCUAUUGGGCUAGUGAAUUCUGUUUUUCACUUGUCCGAUGGGCAAGUGAUGUUUUUUUUAGGAAUUCAAAUAACAGAAGAAUUGUGAAAUCAAUUCUGCUAGUCAAAAAGUUUUUGGGCCUAGUUGAAAUGACGUGUGGGCUAAUAAAUGCUAGCUUCAGCUUGCCCGAAUGGCAAGCUGUAAAAAUGAUUUUCUUUGCACCCUGACCUUGUUUACACCCCCAAAUUUUGCAUCACCAUUGUCUUCGGUUUCUCUUGGGACAACUGUAAUGCCCAGGAUAAAUAGGAAACAAUGGUUAUGCAAAAUGUUGGAGGUAAACAAUGUGUAUUAUGGUCGCAGUGAAAACAAUAAAUUGAGCAGUCAACCGCCAUUAAUUGGCCACUUAUGGAAGUUCAGCAGUGCUGUCUUUGAAUAUUGCAUUUAAGGGAGGUGUCACUUGUUGAAUUGGGGCAUUACAGGUGUAAUUGGAGCUCAUUUAUAGAAAGCUAAAUUAACUGUUGUUGUAUAAUGUUUCAGUUCCUAGUGCUUACCCUGCUGGCUUCGCUGGGUUGGAUUUCACGGCGUAUGGUGCCAGAGGAACUAUUUUCGACUAUGGGUUAGAACCAUCCAUUCUUGGUGAGUUUAACUUUAAUCUUUAAGACUUUUUGUUUGUUUGUUUUAACUUUACCUACUGAUUUCUAGACCAAAUUAACUCCUAAGUGAAUGUAAAACCAACAGCAAGACAAUCUUUUAAAACUGAUUAUGUAUCUUUGUCUCUGAAAUGUUUAAUGUUUUUUGUUUCUUCAAAAGCAUUUUCACGGAUAAUUUUCUCUGUUAUUCGUAAGAGUAUGCAAUCAUUAACCCAUUGACGGAAAGAAUAAAACUGAAUUUACUUUUUAAGCUUUCAAAUCUGAAUUCAAAAUUAUUGUGCACUAACCCUGGGUUAUCUUAACCCGGCUUUGAACAACCCGGCCCAGACCCCUAACUACUUUCGUAGGAAAGAAAAUGAAAAUACAGUUAGAAUCUAAAGAAGCUUCAAACGUUUUCAUUCCCUUCCUACUAAUUGUAAAAUGUACCUGGCAACUUGAUAUCUGAGUGACGGCCAAAUUGAUGUGUGUUUCGACGUUUUAGGUGCAGUAAAACCAAGGAGACCUGUCAGAGAACAUCCCUACCAAAGAUGAAGGUGAGUAGAAAGGGAACCUGGUGAUAAUAUUAUCUUUAUUUUUUAGGGAAACAACAUACUGAUUCUCUGACUCACAAUCUCUUGCUCACAAGGUACAUUGUAUUUUGAAAUCUUAAUCAGACAGAACUCCAACAUGAAUUGUAGACUCCUGGAUUUUUCAAGCUAACAGCAAAUUUUAAGGACCUUUUUUUAUUCCCAUUUGUUGGAAAACUAUAGGUUUUAAGUUUUCUGACUAAUAUUCCUUCAAACUAAUAUUACUUUGGACCAUUUAAUAAUCCCUGCAGAGUAUUGCUGUACACUGUAAGUGCUUGUGGUUUGUCAGCAACUUGCUAGAAUAAUGGCUGUCACUUUAUGGUUGACUACUUUCUGAGUCUUUUCUGUUUAGUUUUAACUUGCUUGGUAAAGCUGCCCAGUGCUAUAUAUCCCUACUAUAAAUUUACAACAAUUGUGAAUGCACUACCCUUGCUGCAUGCCACAUAUAUAUAAUAUAAUUUUACUAACCGGUAACUUCUCUUUUCCACUAGACUGACAAUGGGUAACACUAACUCUACAGAAGGCUGAUUAACCACUAGGCUAGAUUUUAAAAAGCCUGGAGCUGAAAGCGCCCUUUGUUUUAUUUCCUGAACCACUGAUCAGUUGUGGACUAAUUGUGUUGCACUGAUUUCCAUAAUUACAUAUGAUUUUUGUAUCAAAUGAUCUUAAUAUAUUUCUGUAUGUUUGAAAAGGAAUUAUUGACAGUCUGAUAAAAUAACUGUAAUAUAUUAUUGAAUUAAUCAGUUCUUUGUUGUUUAAUGUGUGGUGUUUUGGCAAGCUACCCUUUCAGCAAUAACAACCUUCUUCUAGCCAUUCUAUUUUUUUCCUGGUCUUUAAAAAGUUUCUAUGUUGAAGCGUUAUAUUUUCUAAAGUUAAGAAAUUGCGAAAAUUAUACUUAAGUUAUGUGAAGCAUAUGCAUGGAAUCAUGUCUGAAAAUUAGAAAGCAAGCCUCUCGAAACAAAGGCUGUUAAGGUCGUAGAGUAAAGCCCUGGCCAAACGUCGAACUUUUCACGGAGACGAACCAAGCCCUAAUUUGAGUCGACCUAAAUAAAGUGAAGAUCGUCUGUUGGGCCGGACGACGAACUUAGGACGCGUCGAACCAAUCAAAUGAAUCAGUCCAAAAAGCAAUUUUAGGUAGCCGGCCAGUAAUAAAUUUUCUCCCGAACGAAGCUAAAUAUACAUUAUGAUACAGUACAAGUUUUUAAUAUACUGGUUUAGUUUGUCGCAUGUCGGUUCAGAUCGACGUUUGUCCCGGAGACGAUCAUUAGACGUUCUAUCCGUCUGAAGCUGACGGAUAGCAUGUUGGUCUAUCUAAACUCAUUCAGACGAACUUAGCUCAGCCACACGUCGAACUUUUGAUGAACUUAACUUACUAAGUUUGGUUCGUCUCAUGAAAAGUUCGACGUCUGGCCUAGGCCUUAGUGGCUGCUUAAUUUUUCUUAACCAACAAAUUUGUGGAGGCCUCAGUUGAAUCUCAAUUUACUUUACUUUGUUUCUUGUCAAAUCAGAAACUCGGAAUAAUUUAAGAAAGUUUCGAGUGACUAGAAAAGCAUCGUUACAAUCGACUGACACCUACGGUCUCUUGAGCUGUAAGCUAAUGUAGACCAAGAUGUCUCCAUUAAGUUACCAGUUGCUUGAAAACAAACUAUUGCUGAAAGGGAUACUAAUUUUGUUAGUCGGGCCGUGCUAAUUGCAUCAUGUACGAAGUAAUGUAUGUCGAUUUAAUGAGGUAGAAUUCAAUGGUGUUUGCUCUCUUCUUGAAUGGAAAGUAAUGGUUUGUGUGGACGUAUGAUAAGAGCUUUCGUAAAGCAAAGUAAUUGGUUUGAUUAGAUAUUUCGAGCAGUACUAAUCGUCCAAAGCAAAAAACAAAUUUUAGUUUCGAACUGUUAUUUUUAUCAAUGUGUUAUUUAUUCAGAAAUCCUGCCUUGUCUGUUCUCUCAUUGUGUAUCAGAAUUAAUGUGAGGUAUUCUUAGUCUUUUUCAUGUUCAUGAAGGGAAGCUUGCAACUAACGGUGCUUUUAAUGCGUAGUUUGCUAACGUAUUUGAUGUGAUUUUGAUUUUAAUGUUGUCAUCACGUGAUUGUAAUCAAUAAAGAUAUAAUUUUGGGAUUAUCUUGUUUCCUCCUUAUAAUAUUUGCUGUUUUGUAAUGUUAGUAACAUCUGUAACUUCUUCCCUUUUAACAUCAACAUUAACUGCGAAACCGGAUAAUGUACACAUGAAAGAACAGUGACGGCUUUUUUAACCACCAUCCUACCCAGAGCGGCUUGCAACUGAUUGUUUUUGUAAAACGUAUGCUAGACGUUUAACCGUCGUUUAUAUAAUCAGCUGUCUACUAACCGUUCCUCCCACUGCUAUUAACAGUGGCUAAAAUAAAAAAUUCACGGAAAAAACGUAAAUUUUUUCUCAGAAUUUUAAAGGGG